UAGAAUUCCGAGCAGCUGAGUACAAUGUAGUUCGCGUUGCUCGGCAUUCAGUUUGCUAGAAUCUUGAUCAUAUUCACGUCAUUAACUCAGAAGGCCAAAAUAUAGAAGUAACGGUGUUGACUGAGAGUAAAGGGACAUUGUUUCUCACCAAUAGAUUCACUUCAAGAACAAUAAAUUAUGAAUAUGCAUACUCUACAGAUUACCUGAACGAUUUGGAAACAUUGGCAAACAUAAUUGACAACGUAACCAUUCACUGGUGGCGUGCACCAAUUCAACUUGAGACUACGGAGAUUCGCAUUGCAUCUUUUCUGGAGAAGCCGUUUGACGCAGAUUCCAAAGUUAACUUCCAUUGCAUGAUCCAGAUAAUACAAAUUGAUUCAUUUAAUACUGCAUUUUAGGAGCAUUUCCAAAGGGAUUGAUUCUAGAAGAAGAAACAUCGAAGAGUAUGGCAAAUCAAGCAAGAAAGCUUCAUUUUAUGAUGUGUGUUCUAUUGAGUCUAGUCUACGUAACAUCUGCAGGUUACCAGAUUACAAUAUUCGGGAUAUUUGAUGAGGAUGUGACGGAGCAUGACCCGAAGAGUGUUGGCUUCAGAAGGGGUAUGAUCAAGUAUAACGUUCAAAGUAAUAGCACCGGAAGUCCUUUCCAACUGAUGGGGUUUGAAGUUCGAAUCCCAGUCAACAACAGUUUUAUUCUCACCAAUCUAAUCUGCGGUGCAUUGAGUGAUAAUCGAAUGCUAAUAGCCGGUGAUGCUGACGUGAAUACUAUCUACAACGCAGCCUAUGCCAGCCGAGAGGUAAAGAUCCCAUACUUCAUUACUAGUUUUGCCCCUCGGGACGUAUACCCGGACUUCUCCGCUGAGUAUCUACUAGCCAUGCAGCCUCAAGUCUUACAGCCUUUAGUUGAUUACAUUGGAUAUUUUCAUUGGUCCAGUUUGGCAUAUAUUUACGAGGGUCAAACAGGGUUUCUCCGGCUUCAUAACUUCUUAGAUUUGAUUCGACCUCUGGGUAUCGAAGUGACCCAUCGACGUAUCAACAUUGAUUCGGUAAACGAGACCCUGAACGAACUCAAGGAUACCGGUAAACAUAGGAUCAUCUGUGAUGCCAAUCUACCAUUGACCGAUACUGUUCUUCGAAAUUCCAUAGAUCUCGAAAUGACAACUGCAUCUUAUCACAUGGUUUAUCUGAAUUUGGAUUUCGACACGAUAGAUACAAGUAACAUGUCUUUUGGAGGAAUGAACCUGACUGGAUUCUCAUUGAUCACCAACAAGAGUAGUGAAGCAUAUCAUGAGCUAUUCGGUGAUUGGUCAGACAAGUUUAGAUACUCUCAUCCAACGCUUGCAAAUACAGAAGUAGGGUACGAGGCGAUCCUUGCCCAUGAUCUGUGUCGAGUAGCCGUAGCUGCAGCUCGUUCAAUACAUGAAAGUGGUAGACAAUUACCGCUACCAAAGGUCAAUACCUUUCACACUUGUUUUAAGCAUGUCAGGGAUGGCACAGAUAUCAUGACAGAGACAGUAUCCUCAACGGUGGGACCGGAACUACUUGAUGCUAUAAAAAGGACUGCAACAGAUCAAUUAAGUGGACGGGUACAAUUCGAUGAAAAUGGAUCGAGGACCAACUAUUCUCUUCAGAUACUUGGUCUUCAUAAUGGCGUCCUGGAACAAGUUGGCACAUGGAAUCAGAAAAACGACCCUUCAAUAUCCUUCUUUGAUAGUGACACCCACGGCCGAAAAGGAAGUCAUGAUUACGAGAACCGAACUUUCACUAUUACAUCAGUUUUGGAUGAUCCUUUCUUGAUGAACGUGACCCUACCGGACGGAACGAGUCGCUAUGAGGGAUUCUGCGUUGAUCUUCUUAAGAAGAUUGUUGAGAUCUACCCAUUCAAGUAUCGCAUACAGCUAGUUAAGGAUGGAAACUAUGGAACACAGCAGAAGAAUGGAAAAUGGGACGGAAUGAUCGGGGAGCUCAUGUAUGGAAGUGCUGAUAUAUCGGUUGCUCCUCUAACAAUCAACACCGACCGUGAGCGUGUUGUCGCUUUCACUAAACCGUAUAUGAGUUUCGGCAUUAGCAUCAUGAUCAAGAAAAUGAAAUCACCUCGUCCAUCGGGUUUCUCCUUCUUUCAGCCGUUUACCAAUGAGAUAUGGAUUUGCCUUGCCUUAGCUACAUGUGGUGUCAGUAUGAUCAUGUUCCAGAUAUGUCGCUUUAGCUCAUCAGAAUGGCGUAUCGAAACAGAUAAUUCUGAUGAUGUCUCUAACGGCAACAGAGUAGCAGGUGCCGGUAAGGGAGUGAAGUGGACGAACGACUUCUACAUCUUGAAUAGUCUCUGGUUUGCUUUGGGCGCCCUCAUGCAACAAGGGAGUGAUAUUCUACCAAGGUCUAUCUCUGGACGCAUUAUGGGAGGAGUAUGGUGGUUCUUUACUCUAAUCAUCAUCUCAUCAUACACAGCUAACCUAGCAGCCUUUCUUACAACUCAGAGCAUGCAGUCACCUAUCAAGUCUGCUGAAGAUCUGGCUGCUCAGACCAAGAUCCAGUAUGGUGUCCACAAGGGUGGUUCCACUGUCGAGUUCUUUAGGAAGUCUAGCCAUCCGCUGUAUCGCAAGAUGUGGUCAUUCAUGGCUAACACUGAGCCCUCCCCUUUGGCAGAGAGUACGGAAGACGGAGUAAAUCGCGUCCGAGAGAGCGACGGCAAGUAUGCUUACCUCCUCGAGUCUAAGAUGAACGAGUACAGAGAAACACAGAAGCCAUGUGAUACAAUGGCUGUAGGAGAUCCGAUAGGUACAAGUAGCUACGGCAUUGCGGUGUCCAAGCAUCUUGUAGAACUUCAGAAAGAACUGACUGUGGCUAUAUUGGAGUUAAGAGAAAGAGACAUCCUCCGCCGACUGGAAGAGAAGUAUUGGGUCAAUAGAUCACAGUGCGUCAAGGAUGACACAGAUGGAACGGACACACGAGCCUUAAACCUGGACAAGCUGGCUGGAGUAUUCUAUAUCCUGCUAGCAGGGACAGCUGUAGCGCUUUUGGUGUCCAUCGUUGAUCUCAUUUAUCGUUCUAAAAAACAGAUCAGGGAGGAACUUGGCUCCUGUGGGCUUCGAAGGAUCUGGCUGAACGUCCGUGCCCGCAUCGCUCAUGAGAGGCUGGUUGCUUCACUCCGUCGUCGUAGCAUGCCUGCUCCUACUAAGUCGCCCUCUGACGGCACGUCAGAGACAGGCACAGAUGAACUAUCUACCCCUGCCACUGCUCAGAAGUCAAUUGUCCCCUCGAUUGCCUCUGAAGAAGGAAAUGUAAAUAGCGCCCUCUGUAAGAAGAAAUCCGGCAGUCAAGGGAGUGCAGUGACCCACACUGAUGUUUGAAGAGUGAAAUCAAGAGAAGAUGGUUAACAAUAAUCUCUUACCUACAAAUAUAACAAUCAAAAAUGGAAGUACAUUUUUAAAAUUAUUCAUUCAUUUCCCCAUUGCAUGCAUUAUCCUAAAAUUAUUCGUCAGUGUUAAAAAAUAUCACCAUUUAUCAAUCGGUGUAAGUUUAAAUUGUUUAUUGACUGAGUCAAGGUGCAAUAAUUAUUUAGCUUAAUACGCUUAAAUUUCAAAUGUAUAUUAUUAGCUUUUGCCAUAUACAGUAGCAUUAAAAACAGACUUAGGCGGGAUAACUCACGAAAGCUCGAAAGUUUUCAGUGGGGUCCUAUACAGUAAUGUACAUGUAUAGCAUAAUGAGUCGCUUAUGAUCUUUACUGUACGUAGAUAUCGUUUUCUUUUUUUUUAAUUCUGGUCAAAUUUAUUCUGGUGUCAAGUGAAAAUAGAGAUGAGAAAACUUAGAAAGUAAUAAGUUGAUUAUGAUUGCUGGAGGUUGUGAUGAUGAUAUGAUGAUGGUGGUGGUGGUGAUGAUGGUGAUGAUGAUGAUGAAGUUGAAGAUGAAGAUGAACUUCUUGAACGAGAAGACCAACUGAUGAACAUCCUCUCCUAUCAUAAUGGUGAUGUCUUACCAUCAGGGAUGUUAGCGGAUAAACUCGGUUGCGAAUCUGGGUUGCCGGAUUGCGAUAUCACUAUCUGAACCAUCGUGUCUCCAGCUCAAUCAUAUUGACCAUCAUCAUGAUGAUCACUGGGGUAUAAAUGGGGGAGGGGCAUGGGGCAUCCCCCACACACAGACAAUCACGAUUAAAAAAAAGCAAAUGAAAAAUGAGGUGAGAAAGGAAACGAACAGAAAAAGGUGAAUACGAUAUUAUUUUCUCAAUAUUUGGUCAAAAUCAAUCACAAUAUUAGAUAUUCAUUAAAAGGUCUGUCGAAAUUCUUGGCUCUUCUUCUUAUGUUGGUUUGAGUGGCGAUUAGUCAUAUUUGACUAUUUUGCCACCACUGAUCAUCACGAUGGUAUUGGUAAUGGUGACAAUAAACAAUCCUGAUGAUGAUGGUGAUGAUGACGAUGAUGAUGAUUAUGAUGGUGAUGACGAUGAUGAAGAAGAUGAAGGAGAAGGAAAGGAAGAAAGAGAGGAGAAGAAGAUGAUGAUAGUGAAUAUCAUUACGAUUAUGAUGUUGAUGGUUGCAGUUAAGCGUAGCUUUACUCGUAUUAAUGACAGCUGACAGAUAAAAUAUUCGGUUUUUAUAAGAAAAACAUUUUAUUUCUUAUAGAUAAAAUCACAAGCAUUGUAUGUAAAUUUUGUACAUAGAUGUAUAAUAUUGACACAAUAUAAUGUUAAACAUAGUGAUAUAUCAUCCUAUAUAUUUAGUCAUUUAAGGCUUAAAACCCCAAUUCCAUAAAAAGGUACAAAACGUAAAUAAAAAAGGAUUUAAUGCACUAUAAUCAUGAUAACAUUCUUAACCAAUGCGAUAGCCGAGAAUAAGAUUUGACGGGAUAUCUAUUUUACAUGAUCAUGUUCUUGUUACAAUCGAAUCUUAGAUAUUUGGUUGUGAAAUAGUAGAAUUUCCUUUUUGACAUGAUUAGGAGGUAAAUGAAGCCUUACGCUUCCGACAAAAGGGCAAAGGAAAUUGAAAUUAAACACAAACGAAUAAUGUGAUUUUUCUUCUAACAAUAAUAUAUCCGCUAAUUGUACAAAAAUAUUGUAAAUGAUAUAUCUUUUAAAAUAUAAUAUAAAAAGAAAAUGAACACAUGAUUCUUAAUUCAUUAUAGCAAGGAACAUCGCCCCCCCAAAAAAAAAAUGCCCCUCUGAUAUACGGCUGAAUAAUAAUAAAAAAAAUCAUUCUCAAUUACAUGGGCGGAUAUAGGAAAUGCAUUUCAUUAUUCUAGCUUCUAUAAAAGUUCAUUGGUCUGGUUCUAGCGGUUUCGAAUACACAAUCUAUUAUUUAACAGUGGAACUUUUUAGCCCAUUCGUAGUUUGCAUGCAACACUGCUGUAUCUUCUACACUGUCUAGCAUCAUUCUGUAUGCAGAAUCUGAUUAGGGAAUUCUUGAUCUCAUCAGGGUCCUGAUGCAUAAAACUUUUUACCUGAGAAAACUCAGGUAUUUUUUACCUGAGUUUUUGCCCUGUGUUAAAGACAAUGGCAGUAGUCAGACUAGCCUUAGUUUUCAGUUUUUACCAGAGU